AUGGAUGGACUUGUUAAUGAUGAUGACAUUGAUCAAUCGGAUUUAGAAUCUUCUCAAAAAGAUGAAUCAUGGCAUGAUUGUACUAAUUCAGAAUCUUCUCAGGAAUCUGUUGUUCCCAUUGAAGACCAUGAAUUUGAAGAAAAAUAUGAUGGGAAGGUAAACAGGAUUCCGAUUCCAUAUUAUUCCAUAACAAGGAUAUACAAAUCUAGUGGUAGAUAUGCUCAAUCAUAG